CAAUUGACGGCUGCCCGUGCUGGCACAGUAUCGAUACUGAAUUCGCCCCUGGAGGGAGGACAAGUCCUUAAUUUCCCAUUACUACCUUUUGUUGAGGAAGAGAAACAACACUGGUGCUACCAAUUAAUAUUCAUGAAAAAUGAGUCAAAUUCUGAAUUUUCUCCAAGGACAUCUGUUUCACAAUUUCGGUGCUCAAAAUUCUGGGCUUUCCCCGACGCUGCUACCCCUUAAAUCAUGUUUUCCAAACCGAAAACGUGUUCGGAUUUUUUUACUGCAAGUUAACAGUAAGCUGGUUAAUCACAUUGAGCAGUCACUUCCAGAUAAUAAGGCUGAGGCUUGUGAUAGAGAUGAAUUGUAUUCCUUUCCUCAUGUACAAACUCUUUCAAAGUUCCCAAAGGAGGAACUUUUCAGAAAAGUUGUCAUGGUCAGAUUUGAUUCGAGCAUUCUGCUUCUGGGAAAGAAGGAAUAUCAGUCUCCACCAGCCAGUGCACUAUCCACCAUUAAGUACUUGCACAAAGCUGGUGCUAAAGUAAUUCUAGUUGGUAGUUGGAGCUGGGAUAACAAUUUAAGGCUUUCUUCAGCAGAAUCUGCUGCUGAAUUUCUAUCAUCAAUGCUCAAACUCAAAGUAGUUCCGAUGAAAUUAGUUUCACGAAGCACGCAUUCUCAGAUGGAAUAUGGAGAGAAUUCUGAUGUCCUUCUGCUAGAGAAUCUCUCUGAGAUUAAAAUGGAACUAGCCAAUUGUUCAAAGUUUGCCAAAGAACUUGCAUCUGGUGUUGAUAUAUUUGUUAAUGAUGCAUUUUCUCAAUCUCAUAAAGUUCUUGCUUCAACGGUCGGUGUUGCUUGCUUCUGCUCUGCCUGCAUUGCUGGAUUUUACUUUGAGGAAGGCUUGUAUCAACUAAAAAAGAUCACCAGGACCACCAACAGACCUUAUGUUGCUAUAAUAGGCGGACGUAACCUAGCUGGCAAAGCAGCUGCCUUGCGAUUUUUAGCAUCUAAAUGUGAUGCUUUAGUCUUUGUAGGCAGUAUGGCCUUUCAAAUAAUGCAUGCCAUGGGAGUACCGGUUCCUGUUAAAUUGGUGGAACUUGGAGCACUCAAAGAAGCUGUCAGUAUAGUAGAGUCUGCAAAUUCUAGGAAUGUACCUAUUGUGUUACCAAAAGAUUUUUGGUGUAUGAACGAUGUUUUUCCUGAGCAACUGGAGAUAUUUUCCAUAGAUUCUAUGCUUGAUGGUUGGCGACCUGUUGAUCUCGGACCAUUGUCCUUACAAAAAAUCAUCCCUUUGCUUUCAAAAUGCAAGAAAAUAUUGUGCAUCGGUCCCUUGAAAUUCAGCUCCUCAAGACAGGAAGAAGUUGGAGUAUCUAAAUUGGCAGAGGUGCUUAAUAGUCUAACUCAAAGCACUUGCGACGUAACUUUUGUUGGGAAAAUGGAAUUUGGGGGAUUAUUGAGAAAAUCAACCUCUGUUUCAGUGGAUAAUUUCGUCAAAAAUACUUCAGUUGUGUGGGAAUUUCUCAAAGGAAAAAGGCUUCCCGGGCUUAUGGCAUUGGAUAGAGCAUACCCAUUUGAUAUAAAAUGGGAUAUUGCUUAUGCUGAUCCAACACGACCUCUGGUUGUCGAUGUUGGGAGCGGUAAGUUUUACAUGACUGUCCUGAUAUUUUUCCUGAAUAUAGUAUUAGUUUCCUAGGUUAGUAUUGAUGUAUAAAACUGGUUGUGUAUUCACCCUGCAUCAAUAUUUCAUUCAUCAAUUGCCUGUUUACGAUGAGGGUCGCUUCACGCAACAGAAAAGGGGGAACCAUCUUUCCUGAUUUCAAUCUUAAACAAUCGGAAGGCUGGGAAACUGUUUAUCUAAGCAUACAUAUCAUGGUCUAAUUACCAAUCUCUAGAGUCUCAAAGUUUCAUUUCAUAUGCGUCAUUUUCAAGCUGUCAAUUGUUCUUCAUCAAUGCAAAGACUUUACAAGUAGGUUUCUUUAUGUACACAUGAUUAUUGUUCCAGCACUAGAUUCCAUUUGGCCCAAAAAGUUCCUAGAAUUCCUAAUCAGCUCAUGCAAUCCACAAAUUUUACUGUAAUAUUUUAUUCUUUGAUCCUUACUAACUGCAAAUCUUUUUCAAUCUGGUGCUCAGGGUUUCUCUGUCCAAAGAUUUAAAAAAGGAUACUUCUCCUAUAUCAGUUCUUUUUUCAUACCCUGCUACAUAUAAUUCAUAUUUGAGUUGCAAUUCUUUUUUUAUUUUGCAUCAUUGCUCAAAAGAUGCCAGAGAAUGAGGAAAUAGUAUCUCCACAAUCGCCUUUACUCUCCAGUGCUAAAAGUUUGAUUCAAUGUCUCUCUCAUGUUCUCUCGUGUAUAGUAUGAUCGAGGAUUUCUUCAACCAAGCAAAAAAGCACGCCUUGCAAAGUGGCUGGAGGGAAUUUACCUGCUCUUCAAAGAACAGAUGACAAUUUAUCAGAAAAGCAAUCUAAUGGGAUUUAAUACCUCCUCUUAAAUUAGGGAUUUUAUAUCACAUAACCCCGUCGAUAGCAAGAAGCUAUACUAAUGUGCUUAUAUUUUUCUAUGUGGUUUUCACUUUUUUUAUGCAGUGGAAAUCAAGAAAAUUGCUAGCAUUUUUGCUUUUAAUAUAAGUAUUUUUGUAGUUUCCAUGAUGCGAUCACGAGUGACUAGACGGCUAAGCCAACAUAUCACUUUUUAUUACAGUUGGUUCAACUUGUGGAAUGCUUCUUUUAUGGGGACAAUCGAAUUCAAAUUCUUAAUGACGUUAUUUUGGAAUUGAUACCAAGUCGAUACUUGGAUUAAUUUGCAGACUUUAUUUAGCCCUGUUUGGUAGGAAUUAAAAUCUAGAUUUUAAUAUAAGUCAAACUCAACAGUUAAUUUUAACCACAUAUUUCAUGUAAUCACAAUUCUUCAACUAUACAUUUCAUCAACUUCUAUUAAAAAUCUGAUUUUUCUUCGCGCGGAACAGGGGCUUAGUAAGUUCUUACGCUUCCUAGACUCGGAAGUCUGGUCUUACUGAUCUAAGCUGACAUUUACACUACCUGAGAAAAUGUGGGCAUUGGACAUGUUUNAA